GCUCCUCCCGCGGCGAUCGGCUCCGCGCUGCCCGGGGUUACCGGGCUCUGGGCCGAGCGGCUCCGUGUGACCGGUCGGGACUGAGAGUGAGUCGCUGCCCGGGGCCGGGGGUGGCUCCGAGCCCGGGCGGGAACGUGGAGCGCAGCCGGUUCUCGGUUCAUAAGGAAAGGACCCCUAGAAUGGCUGAUUCGUGUGAACGUUAAACCCACGUCUGUGUUGGAGUGGUUGCCGUGCUUUAAAAUAGGCAAAGAAGGGCUGAAGGUAUUUUCCACAGCUUCGCCUUAAGGUAAGGGUUACUGAGCACGCAGCAAUGUGCUGCUGCAUCUACAGCGACAGAGCUGCGAGCUUCCAUUCACUGUAUGAUGUGGGUCCCUGAAACGGGGGCUUUGCUGCUCUGGAAGGUGUGGCCCAAAGCCUGCUCUGCCUCCCUGCUCAGGAGAAGCACCCACAUGGCAGGAGCAUGUGCAGCAGCUCUGCAGGCCAGCAUUGCUCUCAGUCCUCACGGUAGGGGAAGGUCAGGUUGAGAACAAAACACACUGUAACCAGGUAUCCCACUUGUGUGAGUUCUGGUUUCAGCUUUGUGCCAUGUGACAGUCACUGAUGUUGCUUAUAUGAUGUGCUUUCAAACCCUGACCUGAUUCACCUUUUUCUUUUCUCUUAAAUGUUUCCAACUUCAUAAUUUAUAUUCUUCCGUCUUCCAGCUCAAAACAUUUGAGCACCUCCAGUCUGUAAGCCUGCAGUGACACUGAUGAAGACUCUGUCUCAAUCCCAUCUGGUUUUGCAUUGUUUGCUGGGGGGCUCUUUGCUGUAUUUUGGUUUUGAUUGCUGUAAAUGGUGCAUAUUAUUAAUUGUCACUGGUUUUUGGCCCUGUGUAGUCUGUCAGUGCUGGUUAACUGUGCUGUACACUGUGUAGUUUUCCACUCAAGUUUUUCAAAGCAGUGUUUUCCUCCCUUGCAAGGAUUUAUUGACAGCACUGUGUAGGAAUACCUUAAGUUUUGAGCUUGCUGUAUGUCAUCUGUGAGAUCCUGAGAUACCUUCUCUGUUCGAUCUUUUUUCCCUCAUAUAAUUUGAAGGUCUCAGAUUCUUUUUUCUUAGAUUCCUGUGUACAAAUGACUAGCUACAAAUAAUAGCUAGACUGUGCUAAGCAGACGCACCGUGCCAUUGUUACCAUUUGCUGUACUUAAUAGGUUGAGAGAGGGAGUGUGGAAACUCGGCCAACCCAAGCGUGAGAUGGAUGAAUUGACUUAGGCUGACCUGAAAUUGCGUUUCUGAUGUAGUUCCAGAAUUUAUUUCCCUGCCACAAAUUUUGCACAUUUGUGCUGUGUUGUUGCUGUGAUUUUUUUUUCUACAGCAGAGGCGUGCUGUAGUGUGAUUGAAAAGGUCCCUAUAGCUGUAAAUCAGUUUGGUGUCCAUCUGAGUGAGGGGCAUUUAUGUAAGUGCAAGUCAUCCUCACCACAAACAAAUACUGUCUUGCGUCCGCUUUGCUUUGUUUUCCCUGUUCUGUUGCUGUUAUAAAGCAUUCAGAUUUCUGUGUCUGGGGGUGAAUAAAUCUGCAGAAACAGAGGAAUGGAGUUAUUGCUUCCUUGUCUUGGAGCCUCCUGUGAUUUUUAUUUUAAUUCUUAAGGAGAGCUGUUGCAGGAGGUAGAUAGGGAGGUAGUUGUGCUUGAGGUGGGUGCUGUUGUCUUUGAAACCUAAUUUUAUCUUUAACAUUAUCUUUAAAAAUGAAUGUCAGAAUUAACUGGCUUGUGUUGGCCCGUUUGAAACUCAAAAAAUGAAAAGCAAUGGGCCCACUGAGUCUGUGCCUUAAGUCUGGAAAGAGUGGGUCAGUCAUUGUGGAAUACUGAAUGAAUGGUUUAGAACGCUCUUGAGCUUGUAGCGCUGCUCCCAGGCAUGCAGGCACCUCCCUGGGUGCAGUGCAGCACUGCUCCUCUGCUCACUCUCACCUGUCUGUCUCUUAUGCUUCAACUUGAAAUCGAAGGAGCUUUAAAUACCUGGCUCUUUUCAUUUCUUAAGCAGCUUUUAGGGUCUCCAGAAGGUGUGCCCCUUGAUGUGGCUGUGUGGUUGGUGUUCAACCGGCUAAUAAAAUCUCAUCUAACAGAUGCAUGAAUUAAUUCAGUCUUUGAUAAUGUAACUGUGUUGUGCCCAACGCCCAUGGGUGUUGUCUGAUAGCGGACGAUAAAUGAAAGAGGAGAGAAAUGUGCAGAUGUCUCUUCUCUCUGUGUUAGCAGGUAGUGCUGUUACUUCUGCAUAGAGCUCGCUCCUGACGGGGACAUGAAAUGAACCAUCCAGGAAACCUGUCACCAAGCAGCAAAGGCUUGCACUGCUGCACAGUGUAUGGGGCAGGGACAAGAGAAGGGAAGAGGGGAGAGAAAUGCCCCAGGGGUCAGAAUUCACAGUGAGCACAGUUGUGCACCAAUGCUGUCCUCCCCCAGCAUGUGGCAGAGCAGAGAAGCGCCAUGCUCUCUGGCCUUAGAGAAUAGAUGUUUGUUUUGGAGCAGUGCUGAGUGCUGUAGAAGUAAGCGUGCAGUUCUGUGGGGGUGGUGGCAGCCGUGGUGAUGCCAACAGGGAGCCCUGUCCUUAGCAGCUGCCUGAAGGAAGCCGGUGCUGGCCUGUGGAAAGAGAACGAUCCGGGCUGUUUCAUCUCGGUGCUGGGUGGUGUUCGAGUUGUUAAUCAAGCUCUUGUUUUGUCUUUCAGAUUGUAAAGUGGACUCUCAGUGUUCUUGGUGAUAAAAUUGUAUUUCUCAGUUUGGACACAGAAGAUGAAUGAAGCCAGUCUUUGCUUUUGCUUCUGUUUGGCUUCAUUUUUCCCCAUGGUUAUGGUGGAGUUUUGUCUAACAGUUAUUUCACUUUUUUUAGUUCGCAAGAUGUUGCUCUCCUUGCUUAGUAAUUGGAAAAGGGUUAUUAAUUACUUGCUGGUAACCCCAGUGUUCUGUAGGCUUGAUGUUUUUCUUGGAGCCCCUUGAGAGCUGCAGCUGCAGACACAAAACAAAGGAUACCUUGGAGUGCCUUGCUGAAUUAACGCCAUUUUAAAUUCACCUUUGAAAGAGACAACCCAAAGUCGUGGAACUGUUGUGCUGUUCUUUUCAUACUUUUAUAAAUUGUUUUGCUGUUGGAUUAGUUUGUCUUGACGUGCAGUUCUUUCUUUCCUGUAGAUGAUGUAACAGAAAUAGUGGCUUUCCAUCACGUAACUGCUGCUCUCCUACACCAGCUCUUGGAAUGUUUGCUGUUUGUAACCCUCCUCUAGAGCAUCAUAUGGUGAUGGAAUUUCCCGACAACGUGCUGAACCUAGAUGGACAUCAGAAUAACGGUGCACAACUGAAGCAGUUCAUUCAGAGACAUAGCAUGCUUAAACAGCAGGAUCUCAAUAUUGCCAUGAUGGUGACAUCACGUGAAGUUCUGAGUGCUCUUUCUCAGCUGGUCCCAUGUGUGGGGUGUCGUCGCAGCGUGGAGCGUCUGUUUUCUCAGCUGGUUGAGUCUGGAAAUCCAGCCCUGGAGCCUCUUGCAGUUGGGCCGAAGGGGGUUCUUUCUGUAACUCGAAGCUGUAUGACUGAUGCAAAGAAGCUUUAUACACUGUUUUAUGUGCAUGGGUCCAAACUGAAUGACAUGAUUGAUGCAAUUCCUAAAAGUAAGAAGAACAAGAGAUGUCAGUUACACUCUCUGGACACACACAAACCAAAACCACUGGGGGGAUGUUGGAUGGAUGUAUGGGAGCUCAUGUCCCAGGAGUGCAGGGAUGAAGUAGUUUUAAUUGAUUCUAGCUGCCUCUUAGAAACAUUAGAAACGUAUCUACGAAAACACAGGUUUUGCACUGACUGCAAGAAUAAAGUACUUCGGGCAUACAAUAUUCUUAUUGGUGAGCUAGACUGCAGCAAAGAGAAGGGCUACUGUGCUGCACUGUAUGAGGGUUUGCGUUGCUGCCCACAUGAACGCCAUAUACAUGUAUGCUGUGAAACAGAUUUCAUCGCACACCUCUUGGGUCGAGCUGAACCAGAGUUCGCAGGAGGGUAUGAACGAAGAGAAAGGCAUGCUAAGACAAUAGACAUAGCCCAGGAAGAAGUUUUGACCUGCCUGGGUAUUCACCUUUAUGAAAGAUUACACCGAAUCUGGCAGAAGUUGCGAGCUGAGGAACAAACGUGGCAGAUGCUUUUCUACCUGGGGGUUGAUGCUUUACGCAAAAGCUUUGAGAUGGCUGUGGAAAAAGUGCAGGGGAUCAGCAGGUUGGAACAGCUCUGCGAAGAGUUCUCAGAAGAAGAAAGAGUGCGGGAACUUAAGCAGGAGAAGAAGCGCCAAAAACGAAAGAACAGAAGGAAAAAUAAAUGUGUGUGUGAGAUCCCCACCCCUCUGCAGGCAGCAGAAGAGAAGGAAAUAAAUCAAGCAAAGGAAAACCUGGACUUCACGGAAAAUAGCUGCAAAGCCUGUGGUAGCCCUGAAGAAGCUAACAGUUGUGUAGAAGUCAUUGUUACCAAUGAAAGCACUUCUUGCACCUGUCCUAGUAGUGGCACCCUGUUAGAUUCACCCAAAAUAAAGAAAGGUCUAUCUCCACAUUGUAAUGGUAGUGAUUGUGGCUAUUCAUCCAGCAUGGAAGGCAGUGAGACGGGAUCUCGAGAGGGGUCGGACGUGGCCUGCACUGAAGGCAUUUGCAACCAUGAUGAAAAUGGAGAUGAUGCCUGCGUCCAUCGCUGCGACGACAAAGAGGAGGAUGGAGAUAGCUGCGUGGAGUGCUGGGCUAAUUCAGAAGAAAGCAACACAAAAGGCAAAAACAAAAAGAAGAAAAAGAAAAGUAAAACUUUAAAGUGUGAGAGCGAACAUAUUCAGAAACUUGGAAGCUGUAUGGCAGAUCCAGGUAUCAGAGAGACCUCAGGAAAUACAACGCACACAGAGUUUCAUCGUGACAAGACCAAAGACACACAUGCUGAAAGCUGCUGUAGCACAGAAAAAAGUGGGCAGCAGUUGCCUUGGUUUGAGCAUAUGAAAAAUGUGUCACAAUUUGCAGAACCUACAGAAAUGUCACUUGUUCCUGAUACUGGAAAAGGUGCCAAGAGCUUAGUGGAGCUCCUCGAUGAAUCCGAAUGCACUUCUGACGAGGAAAUCUUUAUCUCACAAGAUGAAAUACAGUCAUUUAUGGCAAACAACAAGUCUUUUUACAGCAAUAGAGAACAAUACCGACAGCAUCUGAAGGAGAAAUUUAAUAAAUACUGCCGUUUAAAUGAUCACAAGAGGCCCAUUUGUAACGGUUGGUUGACAACGGCUGGAGCGAACUAAACACAAUAAAAUAGCUCUGUCUUUCAUUGAAAUUCUCGAGAUGACUACUGCGCCUUCUCUUUCAAAAACUUAAUUUAGUGAAUUAUGGCAAAAUUUUAUCUUAAAUUAAUGUGAUUCUUUUUUUUUUUUCUUUCUUGUUUUUUUGGGGGAGGCUGGUGGAGGUGAUUUCAUUACUUUUGUUCUUUCUUCAGGCUUGUAUCUUUAGUUGAGUAGCUGUGCAAGCCUCUCUUAUAAUUUAAGCCAUCUCUUUUCAUUAAAUGUUUCUCUUACUGUGAGACUUACAAAAAGCAGACUAGUGGCAAAGUAAUGUUGUACCUAUAAUUCUGUACAGAAUGACAAUGAGCUGAAUAUAAGAUUUUACAAAGUAGACAUCCAUUUGCAAAAUGUUUUGGAUGUAAUAUGUUAAAGCGCAAUGUGCAAAAUUUAAAUAAAGAAUAUUUAUUAAUAUGCAUAGUAAAAAUGGGUGUACACGUUUC